AUGCAGAGUAUGCAGGCGCUGCUGUUCCUGGUGGCGUUGGCUACCGGGGAGGUCGUUAAUUCGCCGCCGGUGGGCUUUUCCAUGGAGCGACGGAGAAACCACUCGAGCUCGACGGCAUCCGCGGCCACGACGACGACGCAGGAAGGCACGAAAAUUGAAUCAUGGUCGCCGAGCCAGCCGGAACUGACGCAAAUGCUCUCCUACCCGAGCAUGCCAAAUCCGCAGCCCUUCGUGCCAGCCAACUACUACCUACCGGGUGAUCACUUCACAACACCGCCAAAUGAAUAUCGUAGCGAACAUUAUAAUUAUCCAUUCGACUCGGCCUACGCUUAUCCAGUUCCACAACCUCCACCGAUCGACUCUUCAUUGAUCCCAACGACAAAACACUUCGUUAUCGUUAGCUUUAUUGGCUUACUGCUCCUCUUCGCUAUCAUUCAGAAUUCCAUAAUUUCUGCUAAACGGAAGGACGCAUUGGUGGAAGUUCUAUCAAAUAGAAGAAAACGGAGUAUCAUGGUUUCGACGGAUUUCAGCCCAAUGACUCCAGAAGUAGAAACGACAUUAAACGAAGAUGCUCGUGUACGCUGCAUACAACGAACAUUAUGUUAUGAAAAUCGGAAGCUUCACGAGGAUUUCGGUUAUAUUGGAAAUAUUCUGGGAAAGUAUUUAACGCAAAGAAAGAAAAAAAUUAAAGCAAGAGAGAAAAAUUGUUUUCGAAAUUUGCUUCUUCUUAGACGCCACAUGCAAGGUUACCUAAAAGAAUUCUCGCCGAGCUGGGAUCGACUCGUAAUGGAUGCGGCCAACGCUGGGAUGAGAGGCGAGGAUUGCAACGUCAUUUAUCGAGACUGUAAUUUUGAUAAUCCUUACGAGUUGGUUGGAAACGACGCUGAAGAGAGUGAAAUUGUUCUGAAAACGAAGUUCCGCAUGCCGCCACAAAUAUGAACGCAGCUGAAAAGUUAAAUACACUUAUGCACUAGGCGAUCCUUAUUACCGGAAGUGAAUUAUAUUUUGUUCUAAAAGGUAGAAGGAAUAAUAUUCGGGAGCACAUACGCGAUUCACCGUUUCUCACAAUGUUUGUUUACAUUAUAGAGAUGUAUUAUAGAGAUAUUUAUUAUUG